AAACCACCUAAAUAAUACCAACUGCACAACGGCCGAGCAUGCUGCAAUAGCUUCCGACACUCGUGUAAUCUUUUCGUUUGUGUAUUAAGAGGCUACGAAAUAUCUGCCGCUUUUGUUGCAUUCCAAGAAAUGGUUGAGGACAAGGAGAAUACAGCCAGUGCUGGGCAGGAGCCGGUCUCCAAAAAGGCAGCCAAGAAGCAGGCUAAGUUAGCCAAGAAAGCUGAGCACAAAGCCGACACUGCCGCUGCUCUCGCUGCAAAUGAAGCAGCUGGCGACAGUGCAGCCGAUCAUGCAGCGGCCCGCUAUGGCCUCUCCGAGAUGAUACAGUCGAAAGAUAAGCGAAGCGAGCGCGAGUUCGUCACGGUGUCCGAUCUGAAUGCUCAUGUGGGCAAGGGCCUGGUCUGGGUGCGUGGCCGUGUGCAUACGACUCGUGCAAAGGGCAAACAGUGCUUCCUCAUUCUGCGCCAGCAGAGCAGCACGGUUCAAUGCAUUCUGGCUGUGGGCGACAUCAUUUCCAAGCAAAUGGUCAAGUUUGCCGGAAACAUACCCAAGGAGAGCAUCAUUGACAUCCAAGCGAAAGCAGUGGCUGUGCCCACCAAAAUUGAAUCCUGUACGGAGCAGUUGCUGGAGUUGUCUGUGGAGCAGAUAUUCGUCAUAUCUCAGGCGAAGGCUCAGCUGCCGUUGCAAAUUGAGGAUGCAUCUCGACCCGAGAAUGCCGACGAUGCCGAGGGACUUAACAUACGCGUUAAUCAGGACACGAGACUGGAUAAUCGUGUGCUUGACCUACGCACACCAGCCAAUCAGGCCAUCUUUCGCCUGGAGGCUGGCGUCUGUCGUCUCUUCCGCGACAUUCUGACCGAGAAGGGUUUCACCGAAAUCCACACGCCCAAGAUUAUUUCUGCUGCCAGUGAAGGAGGUGCCAACGUAUUCACCGUGAGCUAUUUUAAGGAUUCUGCAUAUCUGGCACAGUCUCCGCAGCUGUACAAGCAAAUGGCUAUCGCAGCCGACUUCGACAAGGUUUACACUGUUGGCGCCGUGUUCCGCGCCGAGGACUCAAAUACGCACAGGCAUUUAACCGAGUUCGUGGGACUCGAUUUGGAGAUGGCAUUCAAAUAUCACUAUCACGAGGUGCUGCACACAAUCGGCAAUACGUUCACAGCCAUCUUUAAGGGCCUGCGUGACAAGUACAGUCGCGAGAUCGAAGCCGUUGGGCAGCAGUACAAAGUGGAGCCGUUCAAGUUCUUGGAGCCGCCGCUAAUACUGCAGUUUGCUGAGGGCGUGGCUAUGCUGCGUGAGGCUGGCAUUGAGACGGGCGAUGAGGAGGAUUUGUCAACGCCAAACGAAAAGCUAUUGGGUCGUCUGGUUAAAGCCAAAUACGACACUGACUUUUACAUCCUUGACAAGUUCCCACUGGCGAUACGACCGUUCUACACCAUGCCCGAUCCCAACAACCCGAUGUAUUCCAACUCGUAUGACAUGUUCAUGCGCGGCGAGGAGAUUCUGUCGGGCGCUCAACGUAUACACGAUCCAGAGUACUUAAUUGAACGUGCCAAGCACCAUGGCAUCGAUAUUACAAAAAUUGCGGCUUACAUCGAAUCCUUCCGCUACGGCUGUCCACCACACGCUGGCGGCGGCAUUGGCAUGGAGCGCGUCGUUAUGCUGUAUCUGGGCUUGGAUAACAUUAGGAAGACUUCAAUGUUCCCACGUGAUCCUAAGCGAUUAACACCUUAAACGUGAUUGAUUUAAAUACAAGAAGAAAAUGGAAAAGCUCUUAUCUUAAUGAAUGAAAUUCGAUAAAAAUUAUUUUAAUUUCCUCCAACUUUCCAAACUGUGAACAGCCUUCCCAAGUCUCAGAAUUUUGUAUUUUAAUUGAUCCCCGCUGCUCCUUAAGUUGCGACCAUCACAUUAAGAACUUGCAUACUGCAAAGUUGUUUGACAACGAGAACUGUAAAGACUGUUUAGGGUCAGAAUGUGUUUAAAACCGUUUAAAAUAAAUCUUUGCAUGUGUCUUUA